AUGGCCACGGAGAACAGCAUUUACGUGCCGGAAUCGGGUGACGAGAGCGAAUCCUUUUCGGUCGAGAAAUCGAGAAAAUCAUAUCGCACCGACGGAGAUUCGAUCGUGAUCGAUGAAACCUCGUCGGAGAACGAGGAAGUCCAGGAAAACACCACGCUGGACGAAACUGAAGAGCAGGAAGAGGAAGAGGAGGAAGAAGAAAGUCUGGUGCGUCGGAUGAAGAACCGGCAAAGCAAGCGCAUGUCACUACAUCCGCGGCAGGCCGAGGAAAGCAUCGAAAGCGAGGAGGAGCUGGAGGACAGUAACGCGGCGCAGCGCCCUACCGAAGAGAAAAGUGUCCUGACGGAAGAUGAAGAGGAGGAAGAGGACGAACGGAAGGUAGAAUAUCGGGCCUACUCGCCGGCGACGCGCCGCAGCAUUCACGGUCUUCAGCCUGCUUCGUCCAGCGAGGACGAAAGUGAAGAUGAGGAGCAGGAGGAAGAACAACCGGACCGCAGCGCAGCGACAGGGGGCGAUGAGAGCGAAAAUGAAAUCGUAGCAGUCCGUCGACACACUAAAAAACGUUUAGUGAUCUCUUCCGACGAAGAAGAAACCGAGGCUGACAACGAAACGGCGAGCUCUGCCCGCGACAGCUCCAAAACGGAACACGAUUCCUUCGAUGCUUCACUGUCGGUGCACAGUUUCGAUGCCGCAGAUGCGGGUACUGGUUCAGCUCCGACGAUGAAGAAAGCUGCGCCGCUACUCGAGUCAUCUCCGAUAGUGAAUGUGUCCGGAAACCGGAUAUCAUCCAUUCCUCAUGUUGGUGGCAACCGUGGUUUACCAGCGCACGGCGACGGAGAAGCAAACGAUUCCAUCAGCAUGAAGCUGUCCUCUACGUUGAAAACGGAUGACGAUAAGGCCGAGUUCAUACCGUCGUCGGGAGAUCGGAUGGUUAGAGCUCCGGCGACUCCUGUUGGUCGCCAUUCGACGAGCAUACGGGCAUCGAUCGCCCAGAAACUAUCAUCGACACAGAUACAAGAGGAAGUCGCUGCACCCGCACAAGAUAAAAAAGAUCAGUCGAGCAGCGUGGAGUUGAUAGAAAAAUCGGAAGAGAUACUCUCACUUAGUAGUGAAGACGAAGCCGUGAAGGUGGUACAGGAACAACCACCUCCAGCUCCGGUGCGUCGCUCGGUGACACAAACACUGGUACAACCCACGAUAACGGCAUUCGUGCGGGAACGUGUCUCGCAGAGUGAGUACGAUGCCAAGGUUCGCCAGAUGGCGGACCUCAAAUCGCAGCUCGUGCUGAUCGAGAAUGUGAUGCGCAACAGCAACCGAUUGCCGGACAAGGGGGCCGGGUUGGUACGCCGAAUGGCCGAAAUUAAGCAACAGAUUUUCGAACUGUCCAAAACGAUCGAAAUUACCCGACCAACACCGAAGAAAGGCAUCAAGCAAACGAUCCGCCAGCAGUACGAUCAGAGCGUGGAGAAUUCGGGCAACGUGAGCGAAGGGACAGGGCCUGGGCAAGGGCCAGGAGAAGCCAAGCAGCACAUUAGCUGGGAUGCACUGAAGAAAGCGACAGAUGACAUACAACCUCGGCAUACCGGCAAACAAGGUAUUGCGACCUUCGAAAACCAGAAAAUGCUCACGCUCGAUCGAUUGCAAACGCUUCACAAGUCGAUCGAAACCUGCCCCAGCGAGGACACGCUGGCUGAUCCACCGAAGCUGCUGAAGAUCGGUUUGAUGAACCAUCAGCGGCAUGCGCUGGCGUGGAUGCUAUGGCGUGAGUCACAGAAACCGCGCGGUGGCAUCCUGGCCGACGAUAUGGGCUUGGGAAAGACGCUCAGCAUGAUCUCGUUGAUAUUGAAGGUGGCCGAGCUGGAUCCGGACGGUGAGCAGCUGGCCGGAGCCAUGGAUAGUGAUGAGGAGAACGAAGAGAACCAAAGUUCUGUGGCGAACGCGGGCUGGAAGGGAAAGGGCCGUAAGGAUUACUAUUCCGGUGGGACACUGGUCGUCUGCCCGGCCUCUCUGAUGCGCCAGUGGGAAGGUGAGAUCACGAACCGGGUCAAGCGGAACUCGUUGGCCGUUUGUGUGCAUCACGGUACGCAGCGCGAUACGAAACCACGGCACAUCGCCAAGUACGACGUGGUCAUCACGACCUACAACAUUGUGUCACGCGAGGCCAAGGAUGCCGAAACGGGCAAUGGUGGCGGUCUGUUCGGUGUGAACUGGGAGCGUAUGAUCCUCGACGAGGCACACGUUAUCCGGAACCACAAGAGUGCCAUGUCGGAGGCGUGCUGUAAGUUGCGUGGCCGUUGCCGUUGGCUACUGACCGGUACACCGAUCCAGAACAAGGAGAUGGAUGUGUACGCGUUGAUGAAGUUUCUGCGUUGCUCACCGUUCGACGAUCUGCAGCACUGGAAACGGUGGGUCGAUAACAAGACUGAGAGCGGCAAGACACGUCUCAACACGAUCAUGAAGUCGAUCAUGUUGCGGCGAACGAAGAAACAGCUACAGGACCGUGGAUCACUCAACACGCUGCCAACGAAAGAGAUCGAGCUGAUCGAUGUCACGCUCGAGACGGACGAGAUGAACGUCUACCAGAAGGUGCUGCUAUACUCGAAGACCCUGUUCGCCCAGUUCCUGCACCAGAAGGCGGAGAGAGAGCAGGAGAACGCUUUCGGUGGCGGAAACCGUUUCCGGGCAACGUUUGCCGGCCGCGGGGCUAACAAUGCAUUCGAGAUGGUGCACCAGAAGUUGAAGCGAAUGCACAACAAGGGACAGGAGGCUGAGGUACAGCAGUUUCAGAUUUUGGUGCUGCUGUUGCGCCUUCGUCAGAUUUGCUGCCACCCGGGCCUGAUCCACAAGAUGCUGAGCGAUGACGAGGGAAACUUUGACAUCUCGGGCAACAGCAAUGAGCGAUCGAUGGAGGAUGAACUCGAUCUGCUGGGGCAGCUGAACAAACUGAAGCUAAACGAUGUCCUGGCGGAACAGGAAGCAAAGACAGAGAAUGGUGGUAGUCUGUCGUCGAUAUCUUUGAAUCUUUCCGACAAGCUCAAUCAACCGGAAGCUGUCGCGAAGGCCUCGUCCAAGGUGAUGCUCAAGUCGAACCCUGUAUUCAACCUUGAGCGCAUCAGUUCGAAAAUCGAAAAGCUGUUGCAGUUGCUUGAAGAGAAAAUUAUCGGCACCGACGAUAAGGCUAUCAUCGUUUCGCAGUGGACGAGCGUACUAGACAUCGUGGGUACGCACCUAUCCGCCCGGAACAUUGCGCACGUUGCACUGAACGGAAAGGUGCCGGUAAAAUUCCGGAAUGAUAUCGUCCUGGAGUUCAACAAGCCGUCCGGAAAGUCGAAGAGCGUCUAG